AUGUCCUUCAGUGACAUUGUCAAGAGGUUCUUCCCUUACACCACAUCAGCUUCUGAGCUUUUACCAAGAAUGAAGGAAAGGAGCACCAGUGGAGAGAUUUGGGGUACAGCCACAGCUACCCUACCCUGGUGUAAUGAAUUCACAACAUUGAAUGGAAGUGAUCAAGAUCAUCUCAUACCUUGUUACAAAGAGACGAUAAUUCUACGUUCACUGACCCUCAUCAUAGCACCAGUUGGCCUGGCAGGAAAUUUGGUGGUACUGGGACUCCUGGGUUUCUACAUGCGUAGAAACCUUUUUUCCAUCUAUAUCCUCAACCUGGCCUGGGCUGACUUCUGGUUCCUCUGCAGUCACACCAUCGGCUCCCUGGUGAUGCUGACCGACACCUCCCAUUUGAUGCCCAAAUUCUUCAACACUGUAAUGGUAUUUCAGUACCUUGCAGGACUGAACAUCGUGAGUGCCAUUAGCACUGAACGCUGCCUGUCAGUCCUGUGGCCCAUCUGGUAUCGCCACCGCCCCAGGCACCUGUCAGCUGUCAUAUGUGCCUUGCUCUGGGUCAUGUCGCUGCUGCUUAGUAUUCUCGAUGGGGCCUACUGUGGCUUCCUGAUCAAUGACUUAGAAAGUGAUAGGUACAAGGAAUUUGAGCUUAUCAUUCUUGCAUGGCUGGCAGUUUUGUUUGUGAUUCUCAUUGGAUCCAGCCUGGUCUUGCUGGCCAGGAUCCUCUUUUUCUCACAGGGGAUGCCACCGACCAGGUUGUAUGUGACCAUCCUGCUCACAGUGCUGGUCUUCCUCCUGUGUGGCCUGCCCUUGGGAAUUAAUUGGUGCAUUUUAUUCUGGAUUGAGAAGUCAGAUGCACCAUUCUUUUGUCAUGUUUUUCUAGUCACACUAGGCCUUUCCUGUGUUAACAGCUGUGCCAAUCCCAUCAUGUACUUCUUCAUUGGUUGCUUUAGACAGCGGCAGCGGCAGACCCUCAAGCAGGCUCUCCAAAGGGCUCUGCAGGACACUCCUGAGGUUGAAGAAGGUAGACCCAGCCUCCCUCAAUGAAUUGUGGGGAUGUCAGGCAGCAGCCAGACAUUGACUGAGUAUGAUGAGCACUUGACUCAACUUGAGAAGGAUAUUUGUAUGGCUAAAGAAGCAGCUUUGGAGGAAGCAGAAUUAGAAAGCCUGGACCCUAUGACUCCUGUGCCCUACACACCUCAGCCUCCUGAUUUGUAUGAUACCAGCACAUCCCUCAGUAUGUCUCGAGAUGCCUCUGCAUAUCAAGAUGAGAGCAAUAUUUCUGUCCUGGAUAUUCCCACUGCCACUGCAGAAAAGCCAGUAAUUCAGGAAUCUGAAAAUGCAGAUGGCGAUCUUGCAGAUGAAGAAGAGAGAACUGAUAGCAACAUCAGUUAUGGGAGCUAUGAGGAGCCUGACUCCAAGUCGAACACCCAAGACACAAGCUUCAGCAGCAUCGGUGGGUAUGAGGUAUCAGAGGAGGAAGACGAUGAGGAGGAGGAAGAGCAGCGCUCUGGGCCGAGUGUACUAAGCCAGGUCCACCUCUCAGAGGACGAGGAGGACGGUGAGGAGUUCCACUCCAAUGCUGGGGACAGUGACUUGGACUCUGAUGAAUGA